AAAAUAAAUAAAAUACUCGAAUAUGUGAGAGUGGGUUGUACAAAAGAAAAGAAGGUUCCGGCGUAACUGUUAACACUGAACAGAAGGUAGCAGAGUGCAAGCGAGUUAGUACAAUGGAGGAAAAAAAUUCAGGCGAAGAAGAGAGAUCGAAUCUUCUACUCCUGGAUCGUGCAUCUCGAGCGACAAGAGGUAAACGUCUUUCCAAGCUUCUCGACGACGAAGUUCAACAAGAUGAAUUGUUCUGGGGUCAGGAUGCUCUCAAAGAAGAAGACGAAGACGAUAACUACCAAGAAGAAGCUGAAAUCGCUGACGAAUUUGACUCUGAUUUCGAUCAAGACGAACCUGAACCUGACGAGGAGCAGCCACAAAACGAUGAUGAAAGAAUGAAUAAAAAGAAGCGAUUGGUAUAUCCUGGGAAAACGACAUCGGCUAAGAAGAAGAAGAAGAAGAAAAUCUUAUCUAAUUUGGAUGAUCCUCCCAAAAUUGAUGGUGAUGAUGACCAAGAUGAUGAUAAAAACAACAAGAACAACAACCAGGACGAUGAUGCGAAGGAGGUAAUGAUUAGGAAGUCCACAAGAACUUCCGUCAUUGUUCGACAAGCUGAAAGAGAAGCCAUUCGUGAAGCUCUCAAAGCAACCUAUAAGCCAGUAAUAAGGAAGAAAGGCGAGGAGAAGAAAAUGUCACAAGAGGAGAUGCUUUUAGAAGCUGCUCAAACAGAAAUUAUGAACUUGAGGAAUUUGGAGCGAGUUUUAGCUAGAGAGGAAGAAGUUAAGAGAAGAGCAAUUGUGCAUAAAACUGUCUUUAAUGGUCCACAGAUACACUACAUAUCACAAAAUGGUUGUUCGUAUUUGGAGUUUACUAAAGGGGCAUCAUUUCACUCAGAUAUUGCCACAACACCUCAAGAAUAUCCAGAACAACCUGUUUGCGUGAUUACUGGUUUGCCUGCCAAGUACCGUGAUCCAAAAACUGGGCUGCCAUACGCUACAAAAGAAGCUUUUAAAAUAAUUCGACAACGCAUUCUGGAUGAAAGUGCAAACUCUAGAAAAGAAACGAAUAUGGGAGGCUUAUAUGAUUCAGUUUCUGGAUAUGGUUUUCCAACCAAGAAAAAGAGAUCGAUAAUGCGAGAUAAAAAUAUACAUCCACAUGAUCGGUCCAUGGCUCGGUUUCGUAGAAUUACUACUUUUGAGGAUGAAGAUUCUGACUAACUGCCUUGGAGUUUACUACAAAUUUUUUACAAGACAGACACCAUGGAGUUGUAUAGAUUGAAACAAGGAGUGGAGUGAAAGGAUGACAGCUGAAGGAUAGUAGACAGGAAUCUAUGUUUUAGGACUAUGCUUAGAUACCUAAUGAUGAGAUGGGAUACUGUAUAACAACGAUUGGAUAUUUAUCCAUUAGAUGGGGUUGGGCGAGUAGAUCAAUUGACACCAUAAAGUCCUGUCAUAUAUUUGGUUCAAAGGCAUGUUUUUUGACAAAAAGUUCAAAUGCAUGUUAUUUAACUUUAAAUCUUUCUUAAGGGUUUGACUAAUAGUUUUCUUUGGCCUCCCUCAUUAUCAGACGAUCGUAGUCUACUCUGCUUACAAUUACAAAGUUACUAGUAUUUGUAUUUCUGUCUGUCUUCUCAAUACUAUACCUGAGACAGGAUUCUAAUAUAUUUUCUGUUAUCCCAA